AUCCGGCGCCCCUGUGAGGACGUGCAAGAAGCGACGGCGCAGCGCGGUGCGGCGUAGCUCCGGCUCCCCUUUUCCCCUUGCUGGGUGAGAGGUGUCUAUGGGGCACCCGCUGCCGCCGCCGCUACCGCCACUGCCGCCGGGUGCUGUAUCUAUGGCGAGGAGGAAGAGGUGGAGCGCGAGCUCAGCGACACAAGUACACAAAUAAAGGAUAAAGUAUUUUAUGAAACAAAUCUUCAAUCAAGUAUAACAUUUUGAUGCUUGGCAUCUAGACGCCUUGUGCCCUCACUAUGCCAGCAGCAACUGUAGAUCAUAGCCAAAGAAUUUGUGAAGUUUGGGCUUGCAACUUGGAUGAAGAGAUGAAGAAAAUUCGUCAAGUUAUCCGAAAAUAUAAUUACGUUGCUAUGGACACCGAGUUUCCAGGUGUGGUUGCAAGACCCAUUGGCGAAUUCAGGAGUAAUGCUGACUAUCAGUACCAACUAUUGCGGUGUAAUGUAGACUUGUUAAAGAUAAUUCAGCUAGGACUGACAUUUAUGAACGAACAAGGAGAAUACCCUCCAGGAACUUCAACAUGGCAGUUUAAUUUUAAAUUUAAUUUGACGGAGGACAUGUAUGCCCAGGACUCUAUAGAGCUACUAACAACAUCCGGUAUCCAGUUUAAAAAACAUGAGGAGGAAGGAAUUGAGACCCAAUACUUUGCAGAACUUCUUAUGACAUCUGGAGUAGUCCUCUGUGAAGGGGUCAAAUGGUUAUCAUUUCAUAGUGGUUAUGACUUUGGCUAUUUAAUCAAAAUCCUGACCAACUCUAACUUGCCUGAAGAAGAACUUGACUUCUUUGAGAUCCUUCGAUUAUUUUUUCCUGUCAUAUAUGAUGUGAAGUACCUCAUGAAGAGCUGCAAAAAUCUCAAAGGUGGAUUACAAGAAGUUGCUGAGCAGUUAGAGUUGGAACGGAUCGGACCACAACAUCAGGCAGGAUCUGAUUCAUUGCUUACAGGAAUGGCCUUUUUCAAAAUGAGAGAAAUGUUCUUUGAAGAUCAUAUUGAUGAUGCCAAAUAUUGUGGUCAUUUGUAUGGCCUUGGUUCUGGUUCAUCCUAUGUACAGAAUGGCACAGGGAAUGCAUAUGAAGAGGAAGCCAACAAGCAGUCAUGACAUGAAAUAGCCCUUUUAUUUUGAUUUGAUUUGAGCUACACACAUGCUUGUAUAUAGGUUUUAUCUCUGGUUGAAUCCUUUGGACAAUAGAUUAUACCUUAUUUUUCCCUUUCAUAGUCCAUUUUGUUUUCUGCCUCUCAGUACUAAGUGUGACCAUUCCUAUCUCAGAUCUUAAUAAAUAGAAAA